AUGUCAGAGAAACACAGGAGAGAGUCCCUCGUAGUCGACGAGUGGAAUGAGUCCAACCGGAAGAGAUUACGAACCGCCUCAACAACCCAUGAUGAGUCCCAACACCACGACCACACCCACACCCACACCCACACCCACAACCCAAUCUCCGAUUCUGCAAAAGACUUCACCAUCGCUGCAACUGCGAAACAUGCUCGCGAAACUGUUGCUCCCUUUCUUGCCAAACACAUUCCUGCACAGUAUGCUCCUCUAGGAAAUUCUGGGAUUCCACAGACUCUCUUCACCUCCACCAAGGACAAGGACUCCAACUCAAAGUUCUGUUACCGCCACCGACCUGACAAACUAUGUCGAAGACAAGCCGAUGAACCGUCGAUGGAGAAGUUGCAGCACGAUCUUGAGUCGCUCGACCAACAAGACCGUCAGGGCAUAGUCCAGGUCUGGUCUUUAUUCUCCGCCGCUCCGUCCAAGUAUCGAAAUCUCAUGCUCAAGGGCAUUCUUGCUCAAUGUUGCUUUCCCCAACUUUCCUUCCUGUCCGCCAAUGUUCGCGAGCUCAUUCGCAUCGACUUCCUGUCCGCUUUACCCUCUGAAGUAUCCUUCCGAAUUUUAUGUUUUCUCGACACAACCUCUCUAUGCAAGGCCGCCCAAGUCUCCCGGAAAUGGAGACAAUUGGCUGAUGACGAUGUGGUCUGGCAUCGCAUGUGUGAACAACAUAUCGAUCGAAAAUGUACCACAUGUGGCUGGGGUCUUCCAUUACUAGAGCGGAAGUUGCUUCGCAGCUCCAAACGUCAGAUCGAACUUCGAGCCGCGGGCAUUGCUGCCGAGGGAUUCGCCUACACUCAAGUUGAUCAUGCAGAAACUGGAGACCCUUCUACAACCGGUGAUGAUGAUAGCCACAGUGAGGCCACUGUCGUUGAUGAGACACAAGAUGGAAGUACCUCACCACUUGUCGUCAGAAGGCCUCGUAUUGGUACUUCAGACAGUGAACUGCUCCGAGCCAGGCGUCCGUGGAAGGAUGUAUACAAGGACAGGUUCAAAGUCGGCACGAACUGGAAGUAUGGGCGAUGCAGUAUCAACAUUCUAAAAGGUCACUCGAAUGGCGUCAUGGCUCUUCAACUCCUCGACAAUUUUCUGGCUACCGGUUCUUACGAUGCCACAAUCAAGAUAUGGAACAUCGAAACAGGUGAAGAAGUCAGAACCCUACGAGGACAUACCAUGGGUAUCCGAUGUCUUCAAUUCGAUGAAAACAAACUCAUUAGUGGAAGCCUCGAUAAAUCCUUGAAAGUGUGGAAUUGGAGAACUGGCGAGUGUAUCUCCACUUUCAAUGGCCAUAGUGAAGGUGUCAUUGCUCUUCAUUUCGACUCAGACAUUCUAGUUUCCGGUUCAGUUGACAAUACUGCCCGCGUAUGGAAUUUCCGGGAUAAAUCAGUCUUCACCCUCCGUGGUCACACCGAUUGGGUCAACUCGGUCAGAAUUGACUCGGCGUCUCGAACUAUCUUCACUGCGUCUGAUGAUUGCACUGUCAAGCUUUGGGACCUCGACACCAAGAAAUGCAUUCACACUUUUGAAGGUCAUGUCGGCCAAGUCCAGACUGUACUGCCACUACCAGCCGAAUUUGAAGCUGAUGAAUGUCAAGUCGAAGAUGAUGAAGAAGCCUCCGAUCCUGGAAGUCCUUCCAGUUCUUCAACCACUGGUUCAACAUAUGGAGGCAUCAAGAUCUUGACAAGGAAAGAUCGCCACCCCAGCUUAUAUCACACUGAUGCGAGUCGUCCUCAACCACCACGAUAUAUGCUUACUUCUGCUCUUGACUCAACCAUCCGUCUAUGGGACGUGCACUCUGGUCGAUGCAUCAAGAAGUUCUUCGGUCAUGUCGAAGGUGUCUGGGCUGUAGCUGCAGAUACCCUUCGUAUCGUUUCUGGAGCUGAAGAUAGAAUGGUCAAGGUCUGGGAUCCCCGAACAGGAAAGUGUGAACGCACUUUUACAGGUCAUGCUGGCCCAGUCACCUGCAUUGGCCUUAGCGAGAGUCGAAUGGUCUCUGCUGGUGAAGAUGGCGAGGUUCGCGUCUACAACUUCACUGCAUGA